GUCAUUUCGGUGUUUACGAAGUCCCUUGGCUAAGAUGUCUGCGCCCGUGUCUUAUAUGUCUUCAUGGAAAUUCAAGUUGUAUUCUUUUGAAAUAGGGCAUCACCCACUCCAUAUCGGUAUUCCUAAAGAACAUUCUCACGGAAUUUUCUGGAAAGAAUCUAGCGACGAGUGUAUUGUUUCUAUUAAAGAUAGUGACCAUGUUAAAAAAGUUGGUCUUUCGUGUUUAUUCGCUCACCUGCACUGUAUCAAAGUGGAGAGUGAUAAGUACGUGAAUACACAUACGACAACGUCUACGAGUAAUACGCAUAUUCCAGUAGGAACUUAUUCUCAUCCUCAAGAUUUACAUGUUCUGUGCACAGAGAUGUUCCUACGCCACUAUGGGUUUCACUGUGAUGAUUCUGUCGUUAUAAAUCGUGUGAAUAUGUUUCCCCUAGAAAGGGUCGUACUUGCUGCAAAGUCUGAUAGUGUAUUCUCGUGGUUAAAGUCGCAAGAAUUCAUGACUGGGUUGCUUCUUUCUGUCUGUGAAGGUUUAGUUCUGUGUCGCAAGGGUGACGUGUUGCUCUCACCAAUCUCUGAACUUCUGGUGAAAGACGACACUUUCACAGAAUCUAGAUUUUUCGAUACUGUCGUUCUUGAUUGUGAGCCGCAAAAUCAGGGGCUGUUAACUCUGAAGUCAGAGAUCAUCAUCACUCAUGCUGUUAAUGAAUGCUGUGACAAUUCAGACCUGGAAUUGAAAGAUUCUGUUUCUAACAUGGCUUCCUUGUCAACAUGUGACUCAAACGACUUUGUAAAGGUUGACCAGGUUGGAGAUGAGCUGAAUCUGCAGAUUUCAUCUGACGAUGACACACUAGUUGUCAGUGAAACUGUGCCCCAAUCUGUUGAUAAAACCGGUGUGUUUCACCCUUGUAUUAUGCCACAGUCUUUCCUGAACCAGGGAUUGUGUGAUACCUCUCUAAAAGAUGAUGGGCAUGUAAUUGGAGUCACUUCCAAAGUUUUGAAUGAGCAACGAAUUACUAAUGGAUCUUGGGUAGUUAUAGAGAAAUUACAUUCAAGUGGAGAUGCGGAACCAAUGGAGCUAACACCUCAUCCUCAACUGCAAUCAAAAGAAUGCAUAGAGCAUUGCUCCUUCAACAGUGAAGUAUUAUCUAGUAGUGAUGUUAACCAUGGGAUAAAACAGAAACCGGUGAACGUAGAAGACAAGAGAAUAUGCGAAUAUCCUAGAUACUGUUCCAGAAGACUAGUUCAAGUCCAUGCAAUAGAAAAACACAAACUGGGAGAAACAAUGAAAGACAAGAUUGUAUACAUGUCACCAUUACUGUGGUUCAACUUUAAUGUACACCCAUCGCAGCUUGUUCAGGAAAAAGCAAAAGCUCGAAUUAAGAGUCUUACUGCUGAUACCUUGGUUGAUGAGAGAGUCCAGCUAGGUGUCCAACCCAAUGAUCGGUAUCCAUCGCAUGCCAAAGAAGUUCAUAUUGCAAUCGUUGAAUCGCCAGAGUACAGUCCUAAAGCAGACUACACCAGUGUUCUCCAAGCAUAUUUUGUUGAACAUAGGCUUCUCUCAGAGGGAGACAUAUUUUGCAUCUCAUUAAAACAUUCUGUUUCUAACAUGGCUUCCUUGUCAACAUGUGACUCAAACGACUUUGUAAAGGUUGACCAGGUUGGAGAUGAGCUGAAUCUGCAGAUUUCAUCUGACGAUGACACACUAGUUGUCAGUGAAACUGUGCCCAAUCUUGGAGAUGCGGAACCAAUGGAGCUAACACCUCAUCCUCAACUGCAAUCAAAAGAAUGCAUAGAGCAUUGCUCCUUCAACAGUGAAGUAUUAUCUAGUAGUGAUGUUAACACAUGGGAUAAAACAGAAACUGGUGAACCGCAUGCCAAAGAAGUUCAUAUUGCAAUCGUUGAAUCGCCAGAGUACAGUCCUAAAGCAGACUACACCAGUGUUCUCCAAGCAUAUUUUGUUGAACAUAGGCUUCUCUCAGAGGGAGACAUAUUUUGCAUCUCAUUAAAACAGACUGAAUCUAUUCAGCAAGCAGAAGAUACUAGAUCUACCAGAUCUCCAGCUGUAUACUUCAAGGUCAUGAAACUACUUCCACUCUCUGAUACUCCUUACCAACCAGCAGCCCUAGUGGAUAUUCAACACACGUCACUGUUUCAGGCUGGAACUGUGCAGAGUUUUGUGCCAAUGCUGAUGAAAACCUAUCUUACUGGAGAAGGAUCUGAUGUAAUGUGGGAUUGGCCCAUGCCAGCAGGCUUAGUUCAGUAUAGUCAGCAGUUAAUGAAUGCAAUUCUGCCUCAUCUGCACAACAGGUGCGAGUGCCGUGAAGUGGCACCCACUAUUGUAGUGACUGGGCCACGUGGGGUUGGGAAAAAUACCGUGGUUAAAGCCGUGGCUAAACAGCUCAACAUGCACAUCUAUCAGCUGAAUUGCUACGAGUUGCACGGGGAGACAUCAGCAUCCAGUGAGGCAAAAAUGAAGAAUGUACUCAACAGGGCACAACUGUAUGCACCGUGCAUUUUGUUACUCAGGAAUAUUCACAUAAUCAGCAAGGACAGAGAGGGGACUAGUGAUGAUCCUAGAGUGAUAGGCAGUAUUGUAGAGAUGUUGUCUAGCUUCCAGUCAUUGAGGUUGAGUCACCCAGUCAUCAUAGUUGGAACAACCAGCGAUCCUAGGCACAUGCCAGCAGAAUUUUUUUCUGCUUUUCUACAUGAAGUGGUCAUCAAGGUGCCGUCAGAAGCAGAGAGGGCAGAUAUUCUUCAUGCUUUACUGGCAAUGAGGACAAUCUGCCAUGAAAAUGUGUCUGUGCUCCACCUAGCUCAGAGAACUGCUGGGAUGGUGCUUGGUGAUCUUUGUGCUCUGGUAGCCCAAACAAAUAGAGCAGCUUAUAGGAGGGUCCUCUCUGCAUGCACUCAUCAGCACACGCAACUGACAGAGGCGGAGGAGGAGAGUAUACGACUCGCCGGUGUUAGUGUAAGAGCUGUUGACUUUGAGAUGGCCUUGGACCAGCUUCAGGCAGCACAUGCAGACGUGAUUGGAGCACCCAAGAUUCCCAACGUCACAUGGGAAGAUGUAGGAGGGCUCACUGAUGCCAAGACCGCCAUCUUGGAUACGAUUCAGCUUCCCCUGCGUCAACCAGAGUUGUUUGCUGCUGGGAUGCGACGUUCUGGGCUGCUGCUUUAUGGACCGCCAGGGACGGGCAAAACCCUUCUCGCCAAGGCUGUCGCAACCGAGUGCUCGCUUAACUUUCUUAGUGUGAAGGGACCUGAGCUGAUCAAUAUGUAUGUUGGACAAAGUGAGGAGAACGUUCGAGAAGUGUUCAGCCGUGCACGAACUGCCGCUCCCUCUGUCAUAUUCUUUGAUGAACUCGACUCUCUUGCUCCUAACAGAGGGCGCAGUGGUGAUUCCGGUGGCGUCUCUGACAGGGUUGUGUCACAGCUGCUUGCAGAGCUCGAUGGAUUAGUGAAGACUAGUAGUGUGUUUGUGAUUGCUGCUACCAAUCGCCCAGAUCUGCUGGACCCUGCCCUGCUGCGGCCGGGCCGAUUCGACAAACUAGUCUACGUGGGAGUGAGCCGUGACAAGGCUGACCAGUUAAAGAUACUAACGGCACUGACCAGAAAGUUCAAUUUUUCUGAAGAUGUUGAUAUUCGUGAGAUUGUUGACGACUGUCCAGCCAAUCUGACAGGAGCAGAUUUCUAUGCCUUGUGCUCUGACUCCAUGUUACAUGCCAUUACUAGGAACAUGGAUGAAUUAGAGAGAGGCACACUAAAAGAAGAGGAUAUCCAAGUUACAGUCAACCAGUCGGACUUUAGAAUUGCACUGAGAAACCUGGUACCAUCAGUGUCGGAAAACGAGCUUGCUAGAUAUCAAGAUUUAGACACACAUUUCAAUUUAUGAUUCUGACCAUUAUACGUUGUGUAGAUAACAAGGCUACAAAGAAAUGUUAUGGCGUAGCUGGUGUAAAAUGAAUAAUUGUUUACAAUUUAGCAUGCAUAAGCGUCAGAUAAAUCGGCUUGUUGCUUCAAUGACAGAAUUGAUUGUUAUUAUGGUAAGGUAUAAUGCAUUGCUACAAAUCAGGUGAAGCUACCAUGAUAUUGUUAUUGUCUUCUCAAUAUACAUAUGUUUAUGAUAUUUCGAGUAGUUUAGUAAUACUUGAAAUGUGUGUGAAAGUUAAUUAUAAACCGA